UUUUAUAACAUUUUGAAACUUGUGUCGAACAGUUCAUAUUGUUAAUUUAUUUGCGUAUUUUUUGCAAAUCGACGUGGUUUUUUCAAACCAAAGCAGUAUGCCUGCACCUAGGAAAAAGAAUAAGAAAUCUUCUGUAUUUAGCCAUGAGUUUAUCAUCACAAAUCACGGAGAUAUCGUCUCGUGUGUUUGUAUGUUAUUCAUGGUCGGACUGUUGUUCAAGGUACGCCGAUGCUACAUGUUACAAACUUUGGAAAGUUCAGAAAACUUUUUGCCCUGAAUUUUGUAAAUUUUACAAUUCUCCCGUUUUUUAGGCAACUCAAAAAGUGGCUAGUGUUUUCGUAGGUCCACAACAUAAUAUAACAAGAUAUAACAACGGUAAGUUUUUUGAUCGCUUCGUUGCUAAAUAUAUAAUUUAAUAAGCUGCGUUCAAAUUGAGCGGUUUAUAAAUGUAACGUUUCCUGAAUUUGUAUAUUUCUGGCUUCCUAGAAAUUAGGAAUGCCGUUAGAAUGUUCUACAAACGCUACAAACGUUCUAACCGAACAAAUAGUGUAUAAAUGUAGAAUGAUUUUAUGGAAAAAUAGUUAAAAUACUAGUAUUUAUAGGGGGUACAAAUCACAAAUUUUACUUUAAUAUUUGAACGGUAUUUUAUAAAUCGCAGUCUACCGCUAAAAGUAUUAGUUUAAAAUAAUCUUUAAACCCUUAUUAUUGUAAUUGGUAUUGUUUUUAUAAAGUAUUUUUUCCUCAAGGCAGGACAAAGAGCAAAAAUCAGAUAUAUUUCUAGAGGUUUUCCAGGGUUUUAUAUACGUGUUCGUAUGGUACAGCAUGUGGGACGGAAACUGAAAUCAUGUGCAGAAAAAACUGAUCAUGUGCAGAAAAAACUGAUCAUGUGCAGAAAAAACUGAUCAUGUGCAGAAAAACUUUCAAAAUGUGCCCCAUAAUCUUUAGAUGCUAUUUUGUACAAUAAAUACUUGAUCAGAUUAAAUAAUCAAGGUUAAUUAUUAACAGUUAGGUCAUGUUGCUGGAGUGUAAUUAUGAUCUAUUAAAUCAAUAUAUGACACCACCAUACAUAAUUUCUACAGGCACUAUACAGUUAUAUUCAAGCAGUCAGCCCAUAGACAUAUGCAAGUAAAGCUUCAUACCAUGUUGUAUUGAGAAAUACAAGGAGAAUUUCAAUGUUUUUAGCAAAGGCCCUUUCAGACUUUGUCUUUUGAAAAAUUCCAUAUUUUGUUGGUGUCUUUUUAUCAUUUGCGUGUCUUCAGGGAAAACCCUUUGGAACGUUUCCUUGGUGACUUUUGAAAAAUAAAAGGAGAACUUCGCCAUUUUUGAGUGACGAAGGGCCUUCACUCAAAACGUUGGAGUUCUCCUUGUAUUGUUCAGGUAGUUGCAUCCCUAGGCCUAAAAAAAAUACCUGUGGCUCCAGUUCCCGACUGACCCUAUUUUUUUCUGCCGACCCUAUUAAUUUUUCAACGAGAUUGAUCGUGCAACCCUAUUUUCUCCGGGUGGUUGCGGGCUGCUCAUACAGCGUGCCAAAAUGGCGUCUGUUGUCACACUAAUUAUUGAACCAAAUUGCCUAAAUUCGUCCAUAGGAAGUACACAUCUCUAGUUGAUAUUGAUGUCGGGACUCUACUGCAAAUCGCCCAGCAAAAAACCCCGCCAAAACCAUGAAAAAAUAUUCCAAAAAAAAAUUUAUUUCCGACCUACCGACCCUAAUUUUUUCACAAUAUGAAACCGGAACCACAGGUAUUUUUUUAGGCCCUAUCAAUCUGAAGCUUUUUUAACUAAUUCCACUGCUUCGACUGUUACUAAUUAUGUUUGUUAAUUAGACUGAUUACAUUUGUUACUUUUUUGUCAGAUACUGGUGAGGUGGAGGCAACACACUAUGCAGUUGGAAAGAAAGACAUAUGUACUAUUUUCUUUUACUCUCUGGCGUGGAUUGUUAUUCAUGCUAUAAUUCAAGAAUAUAUAUUAGAUGUAAGAGGAUUAUGCAGCAUAAUAUGCAUAUAGUAUAAUUUACACCACAGAUUUUUCUUGGGCAGGGGUUCACACCCCAGAGAGAAAGAAUGCAACCCUCAGCAUCAGGGGUGGGGGAAAAGGCGACCACUGCUCACAGGAAAUGUUAAACAGCUGCAGGAAAUUUGUUUGAAUGAAGAUUUGCUAUUGCAAAUUUGAAGGAAACCUUAACACCCAUGUCCCACUAUGGGCGCAACAACAUAUGGUUGACAGUCAUUAUUCCUUGAAUUUAAAACCAUGGUCAGCUAGAACACUAUAUGUUUAUACACAUGCAGAUUUAGCACAAAAAUACUCUGUUGGUCUGCAGGAAAUUUUUGUCUCCAGGUUGUGCUCCCGGGAAGAAAAUAAAUUUAUUUUUUCCCGCCCUGCUCAGCAUCAACCAGUGGAUAUUGAAAUUUUACAUGUAAUUGCACACUGCCUAAUUACCUGGUUAAUUAACUUAAUUGGCUAAUUAACCUAAAUUAACCUUUUUGUCUAAUUUUUCCUUGCAGAAAAUCAAUCGUAAGUUCCACUUGUCCAAGACAAAAAUUAGUCGAUUCAACAACCUGGGCGGACAUAUUCCAUUUUACUUCGCCUCAGCCGCGUGGGGGGCUGAUAUUAUUUUAAAGGUAAUAGUGUUAAUCAAGCCAUGUUGUCUUGGAAAGAACCAAUGAAAGAUCUACUGGUGCGUUUUUGUAAGGGUCACGAGAUGGUGCCAAUGAAUACAAGACUGUUACAUGUAAUCAUGGGCGGAUUUACUGGGGGGAGGGGGUUAGGGGGGUUUAACCCCCCUAGAAUCUCUCUAACCCCUCUAAUAAAGUGUUCAACCCCACCUCCUAUUUUGUGUGAAAGGCUUUAACCCAAACCCCUAACCCCUGCCAAAGGUCACUGAGUGGUGCUGCUUGCAUCCCACCAAAAAUUUUUCUACCCCUCCCUCCAAACAAAUGAAAAUCCGCAAUUUCAUGUAAUGAAAGGCUGUUUAACAUUAUUUUCACACUCUGAGCACUACGAUUUAAAUUUUCUUUUGUUUAGGAAAGUUUACUUCCGAAACUUUCAAACUUGUGGCAUGGUUAUCCACACAUUGAAAUGACAUUUAUGGUCAAGUUUUAUUUUCUAUUGCAAAUUGCUUACUGGAUCCAUUGCUUCCCAGAACUUUACUUUCUUAAAGCUAAAAAGGUUUGUGUAUCAUAUAUAUCAUAUAAACUGAACUAAUCUUAUUUAUACCAGAUAGCUCUAUCAAUUCUAAACUGUAGUUUUGUAGAGGUUCACCAAGGGUCGUCUCUUAUUGAUCUAGUAUUACUACAGGAGAAAACCAGACUACCUGGAGAAACUACCUGAAAAAUAUAAGGAGAAUUUUGAAGUUUCGAGCGAAGGCCCUUCACCUGGUUCACUAGUAGGGUUGGGCGAUAUUUCGAUAUUUUGAUUUAUCGCGAUAUUUUCAAUUGCGAUUAUCGUAUCGAAGGUAGAAACUUGAGCGACGAUAUAUCGAAAUUAUCGUCAUGCUCGAUGACUAUUGUGAUAUUGCUUCACAUGUGUAUAUAGCUGUUAUAAAAUCCUAAAAAAUUCUUUCAAUUCCUAGAAAAAUAUAGUUUUUAAAAGAAUUAAAACGAUUUCCUGAAUUAAAUACGAAUUUAAUACGACACAAAAGUUAAUAUUUAUGUAUUAAUCUCACUGCUGAACAAUGAAAUUGCAGGCUUUGCUUGCGCUAUGUGCCCAUGGUAUUUGUGCCAGCGGAGUUUAUGGACAGUAAAUAUUAGACUAGAAGAAGCCUUCAUAUUACUUUAAUUUGUUAUAUAAGCUUACUAUGCUUUGAUACUAAUUAAAAUUGAAAAAAAUAUGGUCAUUGUUUUUAUCGCGAUAUUAUCGAAUAUCGUGAUAAUUUCCUUGACAAUAAUCGUGAGAUUAUUUUUUUAGUAUCGCCCAACCCUAUUCACUAGUAACUUCAGACGAAGGGCAUUUGCUCGAAACAUCGAAACUCUCCUUAUAUUGUUCAGGUAGAUGCAUCCCUACAAACGAAAGCAUAAAAUUAUGCUUCAAGUAUAUUGUUUUAUUUUUAGGAAGACCUAGUGCCUCGAAUAAAUAUGUAUUUGCAAUAUCUUGUCAUUCUAAUACCGGCAUAUAUGUGCAAGUAAGUUCAGUAACAAUAUACAGCAUGUAUAGUAUUUUUUGUGGAUCGGGUAUGCCGGCAUAGCCAUGGCAGUCUUGUUUGAGUUUUCCCACCAUUCACAAUGCGUCACCAAUCCUGUGCAAGGCGGGAUUUUGGUGGAAAUAGUGGGGGAGGUGGAAAAAAGUUUAGGGGAGGUAAGGUGCAGCAGUCUAGCUCACGACCCCCAUGGAAAGUUAGGGCUUAGAACAGGCCAAAGUCAACGAUGUGACGUAUGCAUGUAGUGUACAUAUGUAUCAGUGUAUUAAUGAAUUAUGACUGUACGACCCAGCCAAUUUUGCCUUUCAUUACAAUUGCUACAAAGUUUCUUUCAAAACAUUGCAUAUAUUAAAAGGGUAUUUGACACAGAGAUGAAUGGCUAUCACUGUUUCAAUUUUACAGAAACUUUCUUACGCAGUGUAGACCCUGAGCAACCAUUAAAUUUUCACUUUGAUCUAUCAUUGAAACUUUCCCGAGGGGAGGUGCAUGACUUUUCUGGGGAGGUACAAAACGAUCUCAGGGGAGCCUCAAAAUCUGGCCAUGAUCCUGCAUAUAGGGAAUAUAUAGGUUGAACCCCACCUAGAUGGUCAACUUUUUGUUGGUCAACUUUUUAUUCACAUAUAUAAGCUUAUCAUCAAAAUAUCUUACCAUUCAAUGAAUUUUCAUGUUAGUUUCACAAGACUUGCUUUGGUCUGUUUUGUCAUUCACUAUUGCGUGGAGUGUCUGUUCAACGCUAUAAAAAUCAUGAACUACAUGGGAAAAACAGAGACUUCUAAAAACACGUAAGUCUAAUUGUCGAAUGAGUGAUAAUUCGUAAAGAAAAUUCAAAAGAAUUGAAUUAAUCAAUGUCUGAAAAUCUGAUAUUAUUCCAGGCUGGUGAUUAUCUGGGCAUUGUUUUAUAUCGCUGCAAGGAUUGCAGUUAUAAUACUGUCAAUUGUCACAAUCUGGUAUGUACAAUCACUUGAAUAUAACGUCUAUGGGUCAGUUAUUAUUAGAAGUAAUUGUCAAUUAAUUACUAGUAGUAAUUACUAAUUAGGCUAGCUAAUUUGCUAUUAUUUUUUUCACUAGGAUUGGUUUGCCGAAACAAGAUAGUUCUGAUAGAUAUGACAUUGUUCCUAACUUCAACAAAAAACCUCUAAGGUACAAAAACUGCCUUGCACUGUACAUUGUAUAGUUAAACCAGACAAAAAUUAUCAUGACAUUGGUUACCAAUUACAGAUUAUUCACUGGAAAGAAAUUGUGAAAUCCGUACUGUACAAAAUGUUUUAAAGUUUGUUCGUUCACUGCAACCAGGUAUAUCAGUCAUGUUUUCGCUCACUACUCUGGUUUAAAUAAAUGAUUACAAAGCCCAGUCGAAUUGUAAUCAAGACCCAACGUUUCGACACUCCAGUCUAGUCUCUUUAUCAGGGGUGAUCCGACGGAAAAUUUGUGUGCUUGGCGCACAUUUUACAAAAUCUUCUUUCUGCGGAAAAUGUUCCCGAGUGGAAAUGGGCGUUUAGUCUUUACAGUCAUCUUACAUUUUCCCCGUAGGAUAAUAUUUCUGAGUGGCAUCAUCGCCAUGCAAGCUUGGUUAACCUGGGUGUUCAUCUCGCGUCAAGUCAGUUACUGGAGCGACGUGAUGCAGUCAAAACGCCAGAAGACGGCAAAGAAAAAAGAAGUUAAAAAGAAAGGCAAGGAACAAAAGAAAGCCGUCGUCGAAGAUGAAUCUGAAGAGGAAACCCCGCUUGUCAAUGGCAAAGAAAAAGUUAACUAAAUUUUGCUUCGUGAGCUUCGCAUUAACUUGCACUAAAUCGCUAUCAAUGAACUUGUUAUACUACAAUGUUACCUGCAUUUCGUAAGAGGGCAAACUAGGAAACAUUGUUUUGUGGAAAAGUCUGAAAAUGUUUAUGUUACCUAGCAUGAUCCCCUGUUUGUAGCUUUUGAUACACCAGGCGGAAAUCGUAGUUUAAAAAUUCAAAUAAAAGAGCCGGGCAAAUAAUUUUAUACCACCCAUAUUUUAUGAAAUUUUAUUAGCUAACGUUUCGUUGUUAUACGACAUUUUGCUUUGCUACAUAUGUUUAUAUAAUAGAAUAGUUCUAAAUUACGAAAACGGUAUAACAUCUAAAAUUUGAAAAAGACCAUAUAGUCCAUUUAAAAUUUGAAAAAGACCAAAGUGAAGGUAAGGAUUCCCUGUUUUCCAUAAACCACCAAAAACAUUCAUUGUUUAGAAAUAUGUUUAAUAAUAUCUUGAUGUUUCCAGAAACUGUCGACCCUCGAAAACAUUGUUGCAAAAACGUCUUGAAAUCUUGAUAUUUCCUAAAAUGUUCCCCAGUUUGUCCACUCUCGAAAAUAUUAUUACAGUCUUUUGCAGAGACAUCUAAACAUUUUGAUGUUUUGUUUAAUCCUUUGCGGUUAGCUUACCCUCGAAAACACUGUCGCAAAAAACAUCUGAAAAUCUAGGAUUUCCCCCAGCAAUGGUCCACUAUGUGCCCUUUAAACAUUCCAUACUAAAAAAACCUUUCCUUAAAGAAAGUGAAGAAUUUGAAACAAGAUUUGUCCUUCAAGUACGAUGAUUGCUGUCUCGAAAACAUUCUUUUCUUCACUCAUUUAAGCAUGCCAGCAUGACUCUCCCCUUGACGUGAAAAUUGUCUGGCGUUAGACAGAGUAAAAUAAUAAAGUAAGGCGCCUCAGGGCGCAUUGCCACUUGUAGGUCAGCAUUUUAGCCCGACGUAAUUUAUAUUCUGCAAGCAAAAUGUUUUCUGGUUUGCUCAGCGCCCAAAUUUAACCUUGCCAUUUGGUCGAAACCAAAUAUUUAACUAUAUACUACGGUGCGCUUUUACUUAUUUUUGAUUUUGUUGUCAAUAACAUUUUGAUAUUUUGGAAAACAAGUCAGGUCCUACUUGAGAUCAGGGAAUAUACUUAGCACAAAAUAUAUGCUGUAAAUCGUGAAAAGAAAUAAACGAAUAUUGUAAUGGCUGGAAUUUUGUUGUCUUUUGCCUUUUAUUUAUAAUCAUUCGCGCAAUAUAAACGUCAAAAUCUUCAAUUGGACUAACUAUUUGUACAAUCAUUGUCAUAAUUAUUUCAUUCUACUAUUACUGAUCAAUCGCUGGCGCAAAGUGCCUUUAGUCUGGCUCGUUAUGUAUAAUAUAGUUGGCUCGUUAUAUAUAAUUUUCAUAAUUGUUUCAUUAUUAAUUUCAUUCUGUUGCUGUGUUUCAAUGAGCAUUACGAUGCAGCAGAUCUCAAUGGACUAUUUGCAUUAUAGACUAAAUUUUGAUCUGGACAAAAAUUUCAUCACAGCUUGAAAGAGAAUCACAAAAUUAGUAAUAUUCCGAAGUUUCGUUGCGAAAUGUUGUAAAAUGCGGAUAAUAUAGCCUUGUGAAGUUUGCCGUUUUUCGGUUUCAAAAUUUAGUCUAUAAUGCAAAUGGUCCAUUAUUCAUUUACCUUCAAAUGCAAGACUAACAACACAGGGUGCCCACCCCUUGGUGAAGGUGAAAUUCAAAGACUUUUCCAGGACUUUCAAGGGCUUUUUCAGUAAAUUCAAGGACCUAGAACUGGGAAAAAUCUUUGAAAAUGGCACGGAUGUUAGACUUUAACCAGCAAAUAAUUCACUUUAUUCAGUAAUUCUAAUCAAAAUCACUAAUGUUGGCACAGCUGGAGGUUAAGGAAAUUAAUUCCAGGACUUUCAAGGACUUCUACUGAUUUUCAAAGACUUUCCAGUCCUGGAAUUGUUUUCCAAUUCAAGGACUUCCAAGGAUUUUAAAAGCCCGUGGACACCCUGACUACAUAUAAUGUAAAGAAUGAACAUUAUUUUCUCACUCUGGUAACUGCAGGUUGACCAUCAUCUGCUGCACGAUACUGCUUGGUGAAACGUGCGUGUUGAUAAUCAGCAUAAAAAUUACAAUUAAAAUCAGAUAAUCAAAUACCUCUGUUCUCCAAAUCAAUAUAUUUUCAUGGAUGCUUCAAAGAGCUUCGCGAGUUCCUCCUCACCCGGGGCUCCGGCUGGGGCUAACUUGGUGACCCUGUGCUGAGGAACCGUGCCUCGAACCAGGUCGCUCACGUCAUCAUUGCUGUAACCAACGGCAACCAGGCCAUCGUCGAUUCCAAGGUCGUACAUAAACUUUGUGAGGAAAUCUGAUAAUAAUCUCCCAGCGUCAUCUUUGCGUACACCGGUUACAUCCGCUCCUAA